GUAUUAUAAGUUAUCAGAAAUUCUUUUUUUGAAAUAAUCAGAAAGUACACGUGUACAUUUUCAAAGUCAAGUAUAAAGUAACUAUAACAUUUAGAAUAAGACAUUGCUUUACUAAAUAUUGUAUAUGGAUGUUUUGUCUUGACAACGAAUUACCUAUACAUACAGAUUCUUGUAAGCUAAAUAGCAUUUUACAUCAGCAAAUACCAGAUUGUCAAAGACAAUUGUUGAAAAGAGAUUCAACAAUCAACAUAUUUCUGACACUUUAAAGUCAUUUAUGAAAAAAAUAAAAAGAAUCACUCAAUAUGGAUACAACAUUUUCAAGCAAUCCUCUAGCAGCUGUACAGCUUAUACCAAUCUUCAAUUACUUAACCAUACUUAGCGAUUUUUUAUUCAUAGAAAAUUACUUGAUCGAAGAGGACCGAUAUAAACAAGUUCCAACUGUUAAUGGACUCUAUAAAUAUUUGGAAGACCAUAAUGGUAACGAAACUAUGAUAGUAAAACUAAUUCGAAAUUUGUUACAAGGGAGCGAUUUGUACGGAGAACAAGAUAAUGAAAAAUUUGAUGUGCUUUUCAUUAAUACUAUGUUUGACUAUAUCAUUAGUUCUCUUGUAUUUGACAAAUAUGGAAAUAUUUACGGCUUCUUAGCAGACACAGUUCGCAAGACAAAAAAUUUACAGUAUUAUUACUAUUUACAAAAAGUAAAGGAAAAUCUAAAGAAUGCAACAUUUGAAAAUAUAAAUGGAACUAAAUCAAGUCUUACUGAAUUAGCAGUCAAUAGAAUAUAUACAGAUAUAAUUUUACCAAUUUUUCCUGAACCAAAGACUAAUAUCAGUAUAUUGUCUCUAGAUUAUAUUUUUGCACAAGCUGGUUCCACUUAUCUUCGACUUGGAAGAAUAAAUAAAACCUGUUAUUAUAAUUUUACAACUUUUUAUAUUAAAAAUUUUAAUUUUGUAAACACUGAUAAAAAUUUAUUUGAGGAAUAUCUAGCAGUGGGAUGUAUAAUAAAAAGUCUACUAUAUCACAAACAAUUAGAUACUUUAUCAUGGAAAUAUUUUGCUUUUUCAGCACUUUUUUAUUAUAUUUCUAAUAAUGAUAAAGUAGAACAUGAAAAAAUAACAAAUGUAACUUUUAAUCCAUUGCAUUGGGAAAGAGCUUAUCAUAAUUUAUUUGAAUAUGUUAACAAUGCUUUUGUCAAAAUUGGUAAUAAAUUAACGAAUGACUAUAUUUAUAAACUUCACGUAGUGUUUUCGCAUUUUAAAAGUCGUGCUGAAGUAGCAAAAUAUUUUAUAAACGAAUAUUGCAAACAAAUGACAGAGUCAGCGAAAGAAGGAUUUUUUCAUUAUUACCUCGCAAGUACAGAACCAAUCAAAUGCGGUCAUGAAUAUCCUCCGCCAGUUAUAAACGAUGGGUUCAUAAAUAUAAUUCAUGAUUUUGGUGAAGUAUAUGAAAAAUAUGAUUUAGGAAUAACACAACAGGUAUUUAACGAAUCGUUAACGGGAGAUCUUAAUAAUGUUAUAAUAAAUUUACUAAUUAUUAAUGAUAAAGUGGUAGAUAGUAAUUUUAAAACUUCACAGCAUUUACCUUUUGACUUACUUGAAUUCAUUUACCCUAACAAUAGAAUUCCAUAUUACUACGCUUUAAAACGAGAAAAUUAUACUGCUACACUUAUCCCACAAUAUUAUAAUAAAAACUACUUUCGACAAUUGAUUGGCCCAAAUAUUGAUAGAUUUAUACUUUCUGCAAACCGUACAAUUGUAAAGUUUCCCAAUGAAAACGUAAAUGAAUUACGUGUAAGAUUAAUGAAGUAUAAAAAGGAUCGUUUUAUGUCAUAUUUAAACUAUUCAGACAAUAGUCCAAAACAAAGUCAAUGGUGGAAAGAAUUUGGAUUAUCUUUGGUGCCAUUUUAUCCUUGUUUUUCAAAUAUCACAGGCUAUCAUGAUGUCAAUGAACAAGUUUGUGAGAAAAAAAACAUAAAAUUUCUCAACAAAUUUACCAAUGAUAUAUCUUCACAUUUGAUACAACCAAAUACACAAAACCUUCUUUCUUCAUUUGGUACAAAUAUCAAAACAAUUUUUUUAAAUGAAACAAUACAAGCAUAUGUAGAUUCAUUUGUAAAUCCAUAUAAAAAAAUUAUAACUUUGUUCAAUGAUACAGCACUAAAUACAUUUUAUGAUGAAUUAUCUUUGCACAUAGAGAAGCCACAAUUUGAGAUCUCGUCAAUUACUAAAGAAGAAAUAAAUUAUAUAUUAACAAUAAUUGAUUAUUUUGAAAAGAAUAUUAAUCAAUCAUUUAAAUUUGUCAACAAUAUGUUGACUACAAUCCAACUUUUAAAAGAUAAAUAUAUUAUAAAUGUUGGUGAUAUUAAUAAUAAAUCAAAUAUAUCUUUGUUUGUAAAUAGUUGGAAUGGUGUUACUGGUUAUGGUUACAAGUUUAUACAUAUUAAGACAUCAGAGAAGGAAACUGUAACAGCACAAUUAAGAACUGAUUACGAAUUAAAAGAUAAAAUAUUUAUUUCACCUAAUCAAAAUUCAUCGAAAGAUCAAAAAGUAUACACUAAAUGGAAAAAUGAAAGUCUUGAACUUAAAUACGAUGAAAUAUUUAUUACAAAAUUUUACAAGGAAGUAUAUCUUAUUAAAUCUAAAAAUGGAAGUUAUGUUCCUUUAAAUAGAACACAAGGUCCAAUAUACGAAAUUAAUAAUCAGCUUCGAAGAGAAUCUAUUAACAUUUCCUUUUACGGUAUUUCGAGUCAGGAUCAUAAUGAUGAUUAUUGUAAUAGUGAUGAAUAUUUACAAGAAAAGAAAAAUUCGAUGUUCUGUUCAAGACAUCGGCGUUAUAUAAAAUGGACUGAUAACGUUUCGACAAUAAUAAAGAAUUUAUUAAAAAAUAAUAAUGAUAACUCACUUGAUAGACAAAUGCGCAAUAUAUCUAGAAAAUACUACUUUCGAAAUUUAUCAACAUUAAAACUCUUCUUAAGUUAUUGGUUAGAAGACAGAAACUACGAAAAAACUGUGAGUAGCAUCAAAACAUUAGACAAGUCUGGUUUAUUAAAUGAAUUAUUGUAUGCCACAAGUUUGGAUAACAGAGAUAUAUCAAUUGAAGAAGGUGAGAAUAGAAUAAAUUCAAAUUAUACCUAUAGAGAACGACGUAAAAUUGAAGAGGAAAUGUCACUGAAAAAUAUAAUAAAUAAUUUUAAUAAUCAGAGGGCAGCUUAUUUGGUUACACUUGAAGAUUAUUAUGCAAUACGAAAUUUUGCUACAACUGGUCACGAGAGAAUAACUGGUGAUACAAAUGAAGCAAAACUAAUGAAACUAGCUCUAUAUAAAUUGGCAAUAAGACAAUCUGACGAUAGUAACGACGAAUUUGAUAAACUAUUAUUUUAUUUCCAAUCAAUACCUGAAUAUACUUUUAGGAAUGAGGUUUAUAAAGGAAAAUCAUUAACAUUACAAACAUUUAUAUUAACAUCAACAAAAAAUACAUCUGCCUUGAGAUUUUCUGCACGAUCAGCAUCUGGAUAUAAAAAUAUUUUAUAUGAAAUAAAUUUUAAUAACUCUUAUGAAAGGGCAACAAUUAAAGUAGAUGUUCAUGAUACACAAGUUAUUAGGGAAAGGAAAGUAAUUCUUUUACCAGGUAGUGAAUUUAAAAUUGAAAAGAUAGCGAUAUGCCCUAAUGAAAAAAUUGGUUCCUAUUACGUAGUGAAAUUAAUUUUUACAUCCAAUAAUACUCAAAACUAUGAAAAUAUCCUGAGACAAAUAACACAAAUCAGGUUAUAAAUUUGUGGAUAUUUUUGUUUUUUUUAUAACAGUUUGUAAUUAUAUGUUUAAUUACUUCUUAAUUAUUAAAUUAUAUAAAAACUGUUAAAUCAUAUGAUAGAUAUUAAUAAAUUUAUAUCAAAUUACAAAAAAAUAUUUUUAUUUCGAAUUUUAUGAACAAAACAUUAAUAUGAAAUACAAUUUUUAAAAAUAAUUAAGUAACAUUUACUUAGAAUUUAGUUAAUGAAUUUUAAAAGAAAAUUAAUUAUUUUUCACUAUAUGUUUUAGCAGCUUU